AUGCCCCGCUGUCGAGCCAGACAAUCCGGGUAACCAUGAUGACCCGGUGCCGGCACUGUCGUGCCUGUUGACUCGGAUGACCACUGCCUUGCCAGAUGAUCGCGGUGCCCGCUGUCGAGCCAAAUGACUGCAGAUGCCUGGUGACCCGAUGCCCGCUGUCCAGCCAGACGAUUCAAUGUCUGCCCCGGUGCCCCGCGGUCAUGCCUCAGUUGACUCGGAGCCCACUGCCUUGCCAGAUGACGCGGGGCCCACUGCUUGCCAGAUGACGUCGGUGCCCGCUGUCGAGCCAAAUGACCUGAUGCCUGGUGACCCGAGAUGCCCGCUGUCCAGCCAGACCAUCCAAUGUCUGACCCCAGUGCCUGCGGUCAUAACCAGUUGA